AUGUCCACUUUAAUCCAAAGUAAUGGAUCGGAAGAUAGCACCUCCGAAAGCGAUGUAGAUAAAGCUGAAGAAGUCGAGAAAUCCGAGAAAGUAGGUUCAGUUAAACGGAAGAGUAAACGCCGACCAGUGGAAGUUUCGUCUAAAAAACCAGUCAGUCGGUUCAGAAAAGUUGUCGACUUACCCUCGAAUAUAAAGAAAAGACGUGACCCGCGUUUCGAUAAUCUUUCAGGCAAAUUUAAUGAGGAUUUAUUUGAAAAAUCCUAUAAUUUCUUGAAUGAGUACAAGGAUUCAGAGAUCAAGGAGCUUCAAGAUCGGAUCAGUAAAGAAAAAGAUCCAGAAGAAAUAGAAAAACUACGGCAAUUGUUGUCGAAAUUGCAAUCGAAAGCAGCACAUGAGAAACAAUUAAAACAAAAAAAACUGUUGAAACGUGAACGAAGAAAGGAAGAAUUAGAACUUGUUUCCCGUGGGAAAACACCAUUUUAUAUUAAGAAAUCCGACGAGAAAAAACUGGAACUUAUUGAUAAAUUCGAAAAAAUACAAAAGUCGAAUCCUAAAGCUCUUGAUAAAUUUAUAGAAAAGAGGAGGAAACGGAAUGCAGCUAAAGAACAUAGGCAUAUGCCAUUUAAGAGACGGAAGGUUGAGUGA